AUGUUUGCUGCCAACCACGCGCCCUCGUCUUCCAACAGCUUCUACUGCGAUCCGCAGAUGGUCAAGAAACUCCUCGGCACCGAAGACAAGAUUCGCCACACUGCUGCUCGGCACGCUCAUGUUCCUCAGGCCAAGGUUAGAAGGGUGGACAGCCAAGAGACAAGCGAGACGGCAAUCAAGUUUGUCGAGCCAGAGAAGCCGCAAAGGCGUCCCAAGGGCCCUACGGGGAAGCGCCAAAAAGCAAAGGCCAUUUGCUCUGCAGCACUGAAGAAGUUGAAGCCGACGCGAUGA